AUGUCUUCUUUAUCGCCCGAAAAAUUGGUGCACCGCCAUGCCAACGAUCCAAACUCGUGUUCUCUCAAAGCCAAUGGCGGCGUCGUUGCUUCCCCGGAUCUGCCCAUCGGCGAGGCUCAGGAUGAGCCUGCGAUCAGGUCCAGAUACAGGCCAUUUCUUCUGGAUCACGAGGGUGCGGCAGGCGAUUGGGUGGCGGAACUCGAGCUCGACACCGUCACCGCAAUGGCGCAAGCGGACGUGGAGAAGACCGGCUCCCGACUCAAUAUCCUUGUCCUAUACGGGAGUCUGCGAAAACGAUCCUAUUCCAAGCUCGCAGCCUUUGAGGCAGCCCGCAUCCUCCACAGGCUCGGAUGCGACGUGCGCAUCUUCAAUCCAUCGCAGCUUCCCAUCCGUGACUCGGUCUCGACAGAUCACCCGGCUGUCCAGGAGCUCCGCGAGCUUUCUCUUUGGAGCGAUGCACACGUUUGGUGCUCCCCUGAGCAGCAUGGCAACUUGACUGCCGUCUUCAAGAACCAGAUUGACUGGAUCCCGCUGUCCACAGGCUCCGUGAGGCCGACUCAGGGACGAACUCUGGCUAUUGUUCAGGUGAAUGGUGGCAGUCAGUCCUUCAACACCGUGAACAGUCUCCGCGUCCUGGGUCGAUGGAUGAGGAUGUUCACCAUUCCCAACCAGUCGAGCAUCCCGACAGCUUUCAAGCAAUUCGAAGACGAGGGAGGCGACGGCAGCGGCAAGGCUCGUUUGCUGCCGAGUGGGAACCGCGAUAGACUGGUGGAUUGCAUGGAAGAGCUGGUCAAGUACACCAUUAUCAUGCGCCAGCACCACACAUUGUUCGAGGAUCGAUACAGCGAACGAAAGGCAAGUGCUGCGAAAGCAACGGCAGCCUUUGCCAAUAGUGCACUAAAAUGA